AUGGCGGCGGGCGGCGCGGAGCGCGUGGCUGCGGCGCUGCUGGAGGCGGGCGCUGUGCGCUUCGGAGACUUCGUGCUGCGGAGCGGCAUCGCCUCACCCGUCUACGUGGACCUGCGCGGCCUGGCCUCCCGGCCCCCCCUGCUCCGCCUGGUUGCUGAUCUUCUGUUCCAAGCAGCAAAAGACGCUGCUCUCCAGUAUGACUGUGUGUGUGGUGUUCCAUACACGGCUUUGCCGUUGGCCACAAUUAUCAGCUCUGAAAAUCAGAUUCCAAUGCUUAUACGGAGGAAAGAAGCAAAAGAUUAUGGUACCAAACGGCUGGUAGAAGGCACCAUUAAUCCAGGAGAAACAUGUUUGAUUAUUGAAGAUGUGGUAACAAGUGGGUCUAGCGUACUGGAAACUGCUGAAGUUCUUCGGAAGGAAGGAUUAAAAGUCACAGAUGCUGUAGUGCUGCUGGACAGGGAGCAGGGGGGGAAGGCCAGGUUAGAAGAACAUGGAAUUCGCCUACACUCUGUGUGUACAUUGUCCGAGAUGUUAGAUAUUCUCCAGCAGCAGGGAGAAGUGGAUGUGGAGAUGGUUGAGAAGGUGAAGAAUUUCAUUCAGGGAAACAUGUUUGAGCCAGGGGCUCAGAAUGGUCCAACUCCAGUGAAAAGAGUCUGUAAAGAGCUGAGCUUCAGGGCUCGUGCUGAGCUGCCCGGGGUGCAUCCUGUCGCAGCCAGGCUUUUCACACUCAUGGAAAAGAAGCAGACAAACUUGUGCCUUUCUGCAGACGUCACAGGAUCCAAAGAACUGCUGCAGUUAGCUGCCAGCCUGGGCCCCAGCAUUUGUAUCCUAAAGACUCAUAUAGAUAUCCUGAAUGAUUUCACCCAAGAGGUAGUAAAGGAGCUGAGAGCACUCGCAGAUCAACACAAGUUCUUGAUUUUUGAAGACAGGAAAUUUGCAGACAUUGGAAACACAGUGAAACAUCAGUAUGAAGGUGGUGUGUUCAAAAUAGCAUCCUGGUCGGAUGUGGUUAAUGCACAUGUGGUUCCAGGCUCUGGAGUUGUGAAAGGACUGAAGGAAGUGGGCCUUCCCCUGCAGCGUGGCUGCCUUCUGAUUGCUGAGAUGAGUUCCCAGGGGUCACUUGCAACUGGUGAAUACACAAAAGCUGCAGUACAGAUGGCUGAAGACAACUCUGAUUUUGUUUUUGGAUUCAUAUCUGGAUCUAGAGUUAGUAAGAAACCAGAAUUUCUUCACUUAACUCCAGGAGUACAGCUGCAAUCUGGAGGUGAUAAUCUUGGGCAGAAGUACCUAAGUCCCAAGGAAGUGAUUAAUGAAAAAGGUUCAGACAUUAUUAUCGUGGGACGCGGCAUCUUGUCAGCUUCAGACCGUCUUCAGGAAGCAGAGAAGUACAGGAAGGCAGCUUGGGAGAGCUACAUUAGCAGGCUCGGUGUUCAUGCGUAAGAUUGUAUGUAGGUCACCUUCCUAGUAAGUAAGCAAUGCUGAUGCAGUAGUUAAAAUGGAGCUGCAUUCAUUGUGAGACUUCCACUUACGUAUACAGACACUUCAGUCAGCAGAAUAUUAUGCCCUUUUGGAAAAAAUCUGUUACUGGCUAAAUUAUUUUUAAUUCCACACAGUUGUACACACCAUAAUUGUUUCUAAACGUUUUUUAGCAUUUGGAUGUGUGAGACCAAAAUCUUAUGUCCAAUUGUUAGUCUGAA